GCUCAGUUGAAAGUCAGAGGAGCAGGAGCCGCGAGCGGAGGAGAGAGACGGAGCCGCCGCUGCUCCGGCGCGAGACCUUCACCGGGAAUGAACUUCAUGGAAUUUCAUUUCUUUAUUAUUGUUUUUGGCCAAAACUGUAACUGAAUGUAAACUAAGCGCGCGAGGAACGGAUUCAGGAUGCGAGCGGGGUCGUCGCGUGCUCGGUGCGCUCGGGGCUGAUGGAGCGCGAGGCCAGUCCGAUGGAGCACGAGGACUGUAAGGUGUCGGUGUGGGUGUGCCGCGAGGAGAAGCUCGUGUCCGGCCUGUCGAGGCGCACGACAUGCGGCGACGUGGUGCGCGCGCUGCUGGAGGACCAGCGCUCCGCAGUCUCCGCGCGCUCCUACUGCAUCGUGGAGAAGUGGCGCGGCUACGAGCGCGCGCUGCCCGCGCGCACCCGCCUGCUGCGCCUGUGGAGCGCAUGGGGCCGCGAGCGCGAGAACGUACGCUUCGUGCUGGUCAGGAGCGACGCGUCCGUGCCGAGCGGGGGCGCGCGCAGCGCCGAGGCGCGCGUCGUGUCCAGCGCGGAGAGCCGAGAACGUGCGCCGGAACGCGAGAGCGCGCCCGCGGUGACAUGCUCGCGGGAGAGGCAGCGGCGCGUGGUGCGCAAAGCCUUCAGGAAGCUGGAGAGGAUGAAGCAGAGCAGAGGAGGGGGAGGUGAGGAGGAGGAGGAGGAGGAGGAGGGGAAGCGACAUGCGUCCCGGGACAGAACCUCAAUGUCGGUGUCUGCGGAGAGGAUGGAGACCCUCGUGCAUCUGGUGGUGUCCCAGGACCACACCAUCCGGCAGCAGCUGGAGCGCCUCAGCGAGCUGGACGGCGAGAUCGAGAGAUACGAGGCCAAGGUCCACCUGGACCGCAUCCGGAUACACGGGGUCAACUACGUGCAGGACACGUACUUGGCUGAGAGCAGCCCAGAGCGGGACGAGGAGGAGGCGGCGGCGGCGGAGGAGGAGCGUGUGGAGCGAUUUGAGGAGUAUGCAGCAAGAUGGGACGAGGUCAUCAGGCUCCAGGAGGAGCUGGUCGAGCGCGAGGCCCUGCUGGAGCAGCUCACCGGCGAAAUCGAGGAAGAGCUCAACCACAGGUGGAUGCGGAGGCGGCGAGAGGAGCUGAAAGAGCCGAAGGACAAAGACGCGGGGAUUGUAACCGAGGAGGCGCCGGCGUCUCCAGCAAGCGUUCCUCAGGCGGAGACUCUCUCAGACAACGAGCUGCAGCUGGAAGAAGAAAGGAUCAAAACUCAGUUGGACACAAGCCUGUACAUCGGGCUCCGCUUGAACACGGAUUUAGAGGCGGUCAGGAGCGACCUGGACAUGAGCCGGGAGCUGUGGGAGGCCAAAGACAAAGAGCUGAGGGACCUGCUGGAGAAAGUGCACUCUCUGAACGAGGGCGCAGAGGAAGAGGUGGACGCUCCUGUCGUCCAGUCUGCUGCUGAGAAGAGCAGCGGCUGGGUCGAGGAAGCGAGGGGACUUUCGAAAAGCUGCGGAGGCGGAAAUGACGACGACUCGGACACGGGGCUGAGCUCCAUGCACAGCCAGGAUUCGGAUAACCCGCCUGUGUGCGAGUCACUGGUGUGACCCGUAGGUGAAGGGAGCAGCAGCUGGGACCAGGGCUCAACGAUAUGGACACAAAUAUUGUACUGCUACAUAUCACCGACACACCUUUUAAUCCAGUGCUGAACCCUUGAUGGGACAGGGUUAAAGAUCAGCCUGCAGUACAGUGACCACAGUUACUAUAACAACAUCUGAGAUUGGUCAGGACAUUCUGAGAUUGGGUAGAUCAUUCAUCUGCAUAUUGCAGCUAUCAGUAUCAGUAGAGUAAAAGCUAAUAAACGAUAUAUUGUGCAGCCCUAGUAGGAACUCAGGGAAUAUUAUGCCUCAAACGACUCCACGCACUGCGCAUCACCACCGUAAGAGAGAAUCACUUGUGAAAUGUAUGUAUAGUUAAAUCGAACUUGCCUCCACACAAGCCACUGGAAUCUGCUUGUAACGUGCUACUCACCAAAUAGUUACUGAUUAUCCGAUGUGUGUGAGCGUGGGCUGCAUUCCUAGACUUGGAGGGGAAAGCAGAUCUCUGCAUAAAUAAAGAGUUGAGACAUAAACAAAGUCAUUCUGAGCGGUUUGGUGUGAAACGCUCCGUUCUAGAGAAACGUGCCGAGUCAGAUCUGUUCACAGUGGUGGUGAUGGGACCCAGACGUCCCCCUCUAAAAGCUCCUCACAGAAAGUUCCUACACACACACACACACACAGUUGUACGAUGUAAAUGUGUUCAUGGUGAAGAGGUACAUGCAGGGCACUGGAAGGUAAAAUAGUUCCCAGAUUUACCGUCAUUAACACGAUAUAUUAGACCUCGAGACUCGUGUAGGCUCACUGCUGGUUUUGGAGAGUAAACAAAAUAGCUGUAUUUGUGUUGUAGACAUGGUGACCCCUGGUUCCCAUCACCACCACUGUAAACAAAUCCGAGUCUAAGUUUUUCUACAAUGAACCAUUUCACAUCAAACUACCCCGAAUGACUUUGUUCACAUCUCACUGAUGUAAUUAAGCAGAAAUUUGGAGAAAGCUGAGGAUUUCCCCUUUAAUAGACUGUUUAAUGUAUAGCCUAUGUAAAGAGACUACACUGCAAAAACGAUAUUUUGGCAAGUAAAACAUCUUGAAUCUAGCCAAUAUAUCUUACAUUUCAUAAGAUUGUAUGAAUAUUAUAGUCAACUCAUUUAAGUGUUUAAAACAAACAUGAUUAUCUGUCUGUGAAACUGCACAAUAACACACUUAAAGCCAGUAAAAAAGAAGCUGAAAUAUCUUCUAAUACUCUCAAAAUGAGAAAUAUUACAUACAUCAAGUAGAUUUAAGAUGAUUUCACUUGCCAGGUCAUAAUUGUUUGCAGUGUAUUAAGCCUGUCGGUCUGUGAAUCGUGUCUCAUGUUGCUGCACCACUGAAUUGGGCUUAUUUAUUGUAGGAAAACAACAACACACAGAAAACAUCGGCUGCACCGUUUAUCAGAAAUUCAACAAUCGCAACAACUUUUAUGUUAGAUGUAUCAUCUUGCCAUGUUGUUGAAAUAAAUGACAUUCAUUUAACUGAA